ACUAUUGGACAUGUUAGUGGUUGCCACAUCAACCCAGCUGUAACAGUUAGUUUCUUUGUAACAGGAGACAUCAAGUUCCUGAAAGCUCUCUUCUUCAUAGUGGUUCAGUGCAUUGGAGCUUUAGGAGGUUCGGCAUUACUUAGUACUGUUGUUCCAGAAAAUAAAGUUGGUAAUCUAGGGCUCACCGUUGUUAGCGAACAGAUAAGCCCUACUCAAGGUCUUCUUAUGGAAAUAAUACUAACUUUCCUUUUACUCUUCGUGAUUCAAGCUGUAUGUGACCCUAUGAGAAAAGAUAUCAAAAGUUCUGCGCCUCUUGCCAUAGGAUUAGCUAUUACCGCCGCUCAUUUAUGUGGGAUACAAUUUACCGGAUCCAGUAUCAAUCCUGCCAGAACUUUUGGACCAGCUGUGAUGAUGAACUCUUGGGAAAAUCAUUGGGUUUACUGGGUUGGACCAAUUGUGGGAGCUGUAUUUGCUGGAAUCAUAUAUAAGAUCUUUUUCAAAGUUCGUAAGGGAGAAUCAGAUUCAUACGAUUUCUGAAAUUAACAUUUCUGGCUUUUUUUGUUUCAAAAUUGAACCAUUUCCAAGUUUCUGGUUGGAAGUGCUGAUGGUGUUCGAAUGAUGUCGCUAUUAUACCAAAAAUGAAUAUAUUUUAUGUUUAUUAUACCAAAUUCAUUGACAAUGUUGUUGUCUACUCUUGUUGCUUCAUCAAGUGGUUUGUAACAUAUUUAUUACUAUGAAUGAAUAUAUUAUUUUUGCCUA